AUGGAGCCACCGUUGGAUAUCUAUAAAGAUGCAGUCGUUUUCAUAACGGGCGCCACAGGUUUUGUGGGCAAAGCCCUGCUGGAGAAGCUGCUCUGGAGUUUUCCACAGAUCAAGCGCAUCUACAUGCUCAUUAGAUCCAAAGCUGGGAUUGUACCUGAAGAGCGUUUCCAGAAUUUUUUAAAAAAUGGCAUCUUUCUGCGUUUGCGCAGCUCCCAUCCGGAACGCCUGAAGAAAAUCGCAUAUUUUGCGGGCAACAUUGAGGCUGAUAACUUUGGUUUGAAUGAACGAGACAGAUCCGAGCUUUGUGCACAGGUUAAUAUUAUUUUUCACAGCGCCGCAACGGUGCGCUUCAAUGAGUGCCUCAGUGUGGCAGCACGCGUCAAUUCGGUGGCCACAUACAAUCUGCUCGAAAUGUGCAGCGAUAUGAGGCAGCUUAAGAGAUUUCUGUACGUUUCCACCGCCUACUGUAAUCCGGGUCGUAAAUAUGUGGAUGAGUGCAUCUAUCCAACACUGCCGCCCGUGGAUUGGCAGCAUUUUCUCAGAUGUACCAAGAAAAUACCGGAAGAGUAUCUGAAUCGGUUGGCAGACUAUAUAAAGGGUCCACAUGUGAAUACGUACACGUUCACCAAGUCGAUAGCCGAACAGAUUGUCAGCUCGUACAAGGACAUAAUACCCAUUGUCAUAGUGCGUCCCUCGAUUGUGACGGCUGCCUAUCGCGAACCGUAUCCGGGCUGGAUCGAUAACAUACAGGCGAUCAGUGGGAUUAUGAUGGAAAUCGGCAAGGGUGGUAUUAGCAGCAUAUUGGGCGAUAAGAAUCUCAUCUGUGACAUUAUCCCAGUGGAUUUUGUGGUCAAUGCAAUGAUCAUGAUGGUGCACAAGGCGCAGCUGGGCAGCAUCAGCAUUUGCAAUGCCACAUCGGGCGUAACGAAUCCCAUUAGCUGGCAGAGACUGGGUGAGCUGACCAUGAAGUGGUCCCGCAUAUAUCCCACAAAGCGCAUGAUUAUGUUUCCCAACUUCAAAUAUCGCCGUGGCGCCAUGAUGCAUGAGCUGGCUGUGUGGAUGCUACAUUUUGUGCCUGCUCUUUUUAUUGAUCUGCGCACUUUGCUGCUGGGCCCCAAGAAACGCUUUGUCACGCCCAUUGCCAAAAAGUUUCGACAGGCCUGCCUGGCAGGCAGCUUCUUCUCGCUCAAUGAGUGGAUCUUUAAGAAUCGCAGUCGCUUCUACUUCAAGCAUUUAAUUGAGAACGACACAUUUCCGAUGCUCUAUUGGAAUCUGGAUGAGCUGAACUAUGAUGACUAUGUCAGGUGUCAUAUGAUAGGCAUUAAUAAAUAUUUACAUCGUGAACAAUUUACGGUGGAUGCGAACAAAAUGCAGGUGACCAGAAUCUAUUGGAUGUGGAUAUUUGGGCAUUUGUGCUUCCUUCUGUUGUUGGUAUAUGUAUUGUUGUAA